GUCACGCGGGCCGGGGGCGUGCGGCGGCGCGCGCCGAGCGGCGGCGCGGUGACGUCAGACGGCGGCGCGAGCGGCAGAGCGGACGGCGGCCCCGCGCUGAGGAGACGCCAUGAGCAAGGCGCAUCCGCCCGAGCUGAAGAAGUUCAUGGACAAGAAGCUGUCACUGAAGUUAAAUGGUGGCCGACACGUCCAGGGGAUAUUGCGAGGGUUCGAUCCCUUCAUGAAUCUAGUCAUAGAUGAGUGCGUGGAGAUGGCACCAGGAGGGCAGCAGAACAACAUAGGGAUGGUGGUAAUACGAGGAAACAGCAUCAUUAUGUUAGAAGCCUUGGAACGAGUAUAGAGACCAGUGAAACCCACUUAGUAACAGUGCGUGCAACGUGUCGGAUGACCCCGGUGCGCGUGCAGCAUGUUGGGCCGGGAUGGGCCCUAACUCUACUAUUUUGUGUGCUCACUUGAAUCUUCUACAAAGCGUACAUUACUUGUGUAAACUUAUUUUUUGUUAAAUAAAUUUUGUAAUGUUUUAAGUAA